CAACAACUACCUGGACUAACUAACUGGACUAAAAGCAAGAACAUUUUACAAAUCUUUCCGCGUUUUUGCUCAAUUUAAAUUAGUAACACUGAUGUUUGACAAUUUUUGCUCUGAGUUUGUGUGCUUUGAAAAAACGUCAUGUCGUCAUCGAACGAAAUAAUUAUUUAAAACGUUUAUUCUUGCCAGGAAGAAAAAAAGACUGUGUUAAGGGUUCCCAGGCCACUGUGGGAUGCUAACAGGCUGGUGCUACGUUGAGGCUAAAGGAGCAUGGUGAAACACCAACCCUUCCAGGUCUAUGAGAAGCAGGUGUUCGUGUCCUUUGUCACUGGGAUCUAUGGUUGCCGUUGGAAACGGUACCAGCGCUCUCAGGACGACAGCUCCAGGUGGGAAUGCUCGUGGUUUGCCAUACUGUGCUGCUCCUUUUUUCUGCUUCUCUUUUGGGCCUACUUCUGGUUGGUGGCUCAAAAUGACUUUAAUGAGUUCAACUGGUCUGUAUAUAACCGCUCUGGAGAAUGGAGGGACGAGACCAUCCCCAUACUGGCAUCCACCAUUGUGGGAUUCAGCUAUAUUUCAGUCUUGAUGAUCUUGGCACUUUUCCACAUAUCAUUGGGCCAACAGUUAAAUCUCUACUGGCUGCACAAGAUUGGAGUGCUGGCCACGCUGCUCACGACUAUCUCUGGUGUUGUCUCUGUUGAGGACAUAUGGGGCGAGGAGUGGGAUGUCCUGCUAGUGUCCCUGCAUUCCACAGCACCUUUCCUGCACAUUGGAGCGCUAACAACCAUCACAGCCCUCAGCUGGCUGGUAGCUGGAUAUGUGGUCCGCAGAGAAAGAUCCAAUUUCCAAAUGACGAUAUUAAUCAUCUACGCCAUCAUUCUCCUGGCCCUUUAUUUGGCACCGCUCUCAUUUUCCUGUCCCUGUAUAAUGGACAGCCCCAGCCUCAAACCUCGACCAGAUGUUAUUGGCCGACGAGGAGCACCAAUGCUGGCCCCAGAAAACACCAUGGUGUCCUUCAACAGAGCCCUCCAGCACGGAGCCAUCUCCCUGGAGGCUGACGUCACUCUCAGUGUGGACGGGGUUCCGUUUCUCAUGCGAGAUCACACCUUGAGACGAACCACGGACGUCAGGAGGGUCUUUCCAGACAGACAGCAUGACGACGCUUCGUCCUUCAACUGGACCGAUUUACGGUCCCUCAACGCAGGCCGGUGGUUUCUGGAGAGGGACCCCUACUGGACAGUAGAGACGUUGACCAGCAGGGAUCGGAGCAGAAUAGGCAACCAGACGGUUUGCAGUCUGUUGGAAAUGCUUCGUCUAGCAGUCAGAGCCAACAGCUCGGCGCUGCUUAAUGUCCGCAGACCCCCACCAGGACACCCCCGCUACCGGAGCUGGUUCAUGGACACGAUGUGGGCCGUGCAAAAAGCAGCAAUUUCCCAAAAGAGGGUGAGGACUGUGACGUGGACCCCAGACACAGACAGGGGGCGGGUUCGAGGCUUUCAGCAGACGACCAAUGAGAAGCUGUCGAUAUCUGAGAUCAGGCAAAGGGGCAUCACAAGCCUGACCCUUCACUACAGCAAGGCCAGUCACAAAGAUAUACAGGAAUAUCUGGCAAACAAUGUGAGUGUGACAAUCUACCCGGUGAACAAACCAUGGCUGUACUCACUCCUGUGGUGUAGCGGGGUGCCUUCUGUGUCCUCUGAUGCCCCCCAAGUCCUACGAAAGGUGCCUUACCCCAUCUGGCUCAUGAGUCAGAAAGCUUACAGCUUCAUCUGGAUCACAUCUGAUCUCGUCUCGCUGGCCGUGGUGAUCGGACUCUUCAGUUUUCAGAACUUUCAUAUGAUCAGGUGGAGGAUGAGCGCCAUGCACAACUGCAACCCUGAGCAGAUCAUGCUGAGCGCUGUGCCAAAUCGCUCCAGUCGGGACGUCAACAUCAUGAAGGAGAAGCUCAUCGUCUCAGAAUUCAACAAUGGGCUGAGCAGUACAGAGGAGCUGUCUCUGUAUCCCGAGGACCCUUUUGCAACAUACUCUCAUGAAGGCCUCAUUCGCUGAAUCCUCUUACUGUGCGAGAGGCAAAAACAUAGUGUGUAAAGGUCCAGGACUGUUGAUGGCCUUCUUUAAACAAUCACGCAGCACGCCUACAAAGAGAUCGUGCAGCGAGAGUUGUGGCUAGACAACUGGUGGCUGCUUCACCAUGACAUCAUGUCUAUGUCGACAUUCUGGCAGGGCCGGCCGUCAACCACUCAAUGAUAAUUUCUUUUAGGGCCACUACCAGUAGGGUGGGCACAUGACCAUGGCCUGGGCUUUUGUAAAGGUUUAAAGAUGUUAUUCUUUCAAUAAAUCUGUGAGUUAUAGAAGACCACGUCAGAUGAAAUAUGUUUUGCUAUCCAAGUUCAAUAAUAAGGUUGUUUAAAUCUAAUUAUGAAUGUGUAACAUUACCUACACCCCCUUGCAAAAAUGCCAAACAAAAAUUUCACUCUUCAAGUGGUGACUUGAAAGUGACCCCAAAAGGAAUACGUGCAUACUUGCCAACCCUCCCGGAUUUUCCGGGAGACUCCCGAAAUUCAGCGCCUCUCCCGAAAACCUCCCGGGACAAAUUUUCUCCCAAAAAUCUCCCGAAAUUCAGGCGGAGCUGGAGGCCACGCCCCCUCCAGGUCCAAGCGGACCUGAGUGACGUGUCGACAGCCUGUUUUCACGUCCGCUUUCCCACAAUAUAAACAGCGUGUCUGCCCAAUCACGUUAUAACUGUAGAAUGAUGGAGGGCGAGUUCUUAGUUUCUUAUGUGGGUUUAUUGUUAGGCAGUUUCAUUAACGUCCUCCCAGCGCGGUAACAACACACAACAACAGCAGUCACGUUUUCGUCUACCGUAAAGCAGUUCGUCUGCCGUAAACAGCAAUGUUGUGACACUCUUAAACAGGACAAUACUGCCAUCUAGUGUACAUGCAUAUGUGACAAUAACAUCUCGGGCUUUUAGAGAGUGCAGUGCACAACUGCGCACACAACAAGGAGACGAAGCAGAAUGCAUCAUCAGAGAGGGUGUUCAGCAUGGUUAGAAAAAUAGUGACAGAGAAUAGAACAAGGAUGGACAAUUCAACCCUUAACUCAACAAUGAGUAGAUGAGUGUUAUGUGUGUGUACGUGUGUAAAUAAAUGAACACUGAAAUUCAAGUAUUUCUUAUAUAUAUAUAUAUAUAUAUAUAUAUAUAACCACGCCCCCCCCCCCCCCCCCCCCCC